UCAACAAUGUACACCCAAAAACCGGAGUCCGCGACGGUGCCGGGAGUUGCUGCUCCACCUGCGUUGUAUAUGCAAAGCCAACCUCCUCAAAUAUGGUCUACGGGCCUUUGCCAUUGUAUGGAUGAUAUCAACAACUGUUGCCUAACGUGCUGGUGCCCCUGCAUUACUUUUGGUCAGAUCGCAGAAAUCGUAGAUCGCGGCUCGACCUCAUGUGGAACAAGCGGAGCACUGUACGGGCUUCUUUGCGCGCUAACAAGUUGCCACUGGAUAUACUCGUGUGUGUAUCGGUCCAAACUUCGCGCGCAGUACAACCUGCAGGAGGCCCCUUGCUGCGAUUGCUGCGUCCACUGGUGCUGCGAGCUGUGCGCCCUCUGCCAAAUGUAUAGAGAGCUCCGCAACCGUGGAUACGACAUGACCUUAGGUCCAUAUACAUGUUACCUUAUGUGUUUGGUUGUAAUUUGGUUUCGUUUCAUGCGGUUGAUCUACCGGACUAUUCAAUUUCUAGUUACAAAAAAGACGCUGAACGAUAGAGUUGAAAGAUUGAGAUGAAAUCAAAAUCUGAUGGACACAUUACAUAACUGAUCAGAGACGCGAAUUGUGUAUUUGUAGGGUGGCAACUCAACAUGGAAAGGAGAGGCGUCGCUGCGCAGCCGCCGCUGGUGCAAGGGAUGGCUCGUUGAGGAAAUUAUA